GCGUGGAACGCGCUGCGGUUCGGACGUGUUUUUUCCUUGGUAGCCGAACUUCCGUUUAACGUUUGGAACAAGGAGCCGCCAGGAUUAUUACGCGAGUGUCCUGCGCAGGAGCUGCAAAAAUCAACUUGAUCUGUGGACAGUGGACAGUUUGUGGCAGUUAAAUUCAAUUAAGUUCGUUCUAAAUGCCAAUUAUCGCGAGUGCCUAAUCCAAUUAACCACAAAAUGGGCCUCGAGUUCUUCUUUAAGUUUGGCUAUGCCUUCCUGACCAUAACCCUUAUGAUCAUGAUCUGGAUGUCACUGGCCCGUGCCUCGAUGUUUGAUCGUGAAAUGGAGGAGACGCAUUACCCGCCCUGUACUUACAAUGUGAUGUGCACCUGUUCCAAAUCCUCUACGGAUCUGGGGAUUGUGCACUGCAAGAACGUUCCGUUUCCCGCACUGCCGCGCAUGGUGAACCAAUCAAAGGUUUUCAUGCUGCACAUGGAGAAUACGGGUCUGCGCGAGAUCGAGCCGUACUUCCUGCAAUCCACGGGAUUGUACCGGCUGCAGAUUUCGGGAAAUUACCUAACAGAGAUACCGGAAGACGCCUUUAUCGGGCUUGAACGGUCGCUGUGGGAGUUGAUCCUGCCGCAGAAUGAUCUGGUGGAGAUGCCCUCGAAAUCGUGGCGGCACCUGAAGAAGCUGCGCCACCUAGACCUGGGCUAUAAUCACAUAACGCACAUCCACCACGACUCGUUCCGAGGACUAGAGGACUCGCUCCAGACGUUGAUUCUGCGCGAGAACUGCAUCUCGCAGCUGUCACCGCACAGCUUCUCGGGGCUGCUUAUCCUGGAAACCCUAGAUCUGAGUGGCAACAACCUCUUCGAGAUUGAUCCGAAUGUGUUUGUGGAUGGUAUGCCACGUUUGACUCGCCUCCUGCUGACGGACAACAUUCUCUCGGAGAUCCCAUAUGACGCUUUGGGGCCGCUGAAGAGCCUGCGCACCCUGGAUAUCUCCCACAAUGUGAUUUGGUCGCUGAGUGGCAACGAGACGUUUGACAUCAAGGCCAGUACCAAGCUGAAUCUGGAUAAUUUGCACUUGGAGUACAAUCACAUCGAAGUGCUGCCGCCCAACUCGUUCAAGUACUUUGACACCGUAAACAGGACCUUCUUCGAUGGCAAUCCCAUCCACACAUUGAGGGAAGAUGCCUUUAAGCCCGCUCGGAUCAGAGAGAUUUACAUGCGAUACUGCGGCCUGACUAAUAUAUCGAUUCAGGCCUUUGACAGCCUGGUGAAUAGCCUGCAGAUCCUCGACCUGUCUGGAAACAAUCUCACCAAGCUGCAUCACAAGCUCUUCAACAAUUUCGAUGUCUUGAGGGUCAUCAGCAUGCGAGACAACAAGAUCAAGAUCCAGAAACCCACCGAAACCUUUAAUGCCAUGCACUACACUCUCCUGAAACUGGAUCUCAGUGGGGACCGGAAUGAUCCCACCAAUUUGCAGACUCUGCGCAAUAUGACCAGAAUGCGGAAUAUGCGCUCGCUGUCGAUCUCGCGGAUGGGCUCCUCCUCCCUGGGACCGGAGGACUUUAAGGACUUUGGUGUGGAGCUGGAGGAUCUGCAGAUCACUAGGGCUAGUCUCUCCGGGAUUCAGUCGCACGCAUUUAAGCAUGUGAGGGGCCUGAAGCGAUUGGAUUUUAGCGAGAAUGGAAUAUCCAAUAUUGAGAAUGAUGCCUUCCAUGAGAUUGGUCACUCUUUGAUCUCUCUGAAGAUGUCCCAUGGCUAUUCGGGAAGUGCCCUGCCGGCGGAGGCUUUGAGGCACCUAACCUCGCUGCAGGAGCUGGACUUUAGUAACAAUCAUAUAAGCAGCAUGAGUGACACUAGUUUCCAUUUCUUGAAAAAUCUGCGAUUACUAGAGCUGCACGAUAACCGCAUAGAGCAGGUUUCCAAGGGCACCUUCCAGGGCGACAUUCACUCAAAGCUGGAGGAAAUCUCACUGCGCUUCAAUCACCUGACUUCAGUGUCGACAUAUACUUUCUUUGAUCUGGAAGCAUUAAGGAAAUUGCAUCUGGAUGAUAAUAAGAUUGACAAGAUUGAGCGAAGGGCCUUCAUGAACCUGGAUGAACUGGAGUAUCUGAGCUUGAGGGGUAAUAAGAUCAGCAAUUUGGCAGAGGAAUCCUUCCAGAACUUGCCGAAUAUGGAGAUCCUGGACAUGGCAUUCAAUCAGUUGCCCAACUUUAACUUUGAUUAUUUUGAUCAAGUGGGAACGCUGUCCAAUCUAAAUGUUAAUGUGAGCCACAAUCAAAUCAGGCAACUGAUGUACAAUUCCUCAUGGAGUGGAAGAAAUGAACAUGGCGGCAUGUACCACUCGAACAUUAAGAUUUUGGAUCUCUCCCAUAAUAACAUAUCCAUAAUUCACCCGGGCUACUUCCGUCCGGCGGAGAAUUCACUGACCCAUCUGCAUUUGGGUUAUAAUUCGUUAAUGAACACCACUCGCGAUGUCUUUGGCAACAUGAUUAACUUGCAAUGGCUGGAUCUUAGCUACAAUUGGAUCCAUGAGCUCGACUUUGAUGCAUUCAAGAACACCAAGCACUUACAAUUGGUGUAUUUUGGCCACAAUUAUCUCAGCGAUAUACCGCAGGAUAUCUUCAAGCCUGUCCAAGCUUUACGAAUCGUUGACUUUUCGCACAAUCAUCUGCGUGGCCUGCCCGACAACCUCUUCUAUAAUGGAGGAAUGGAGAAAUUGGAUGUGUCGCACAACAUGCUUUUGAAGAUUCCAUCCUCGUCGCUGUCAAGCUUGGCUGCCCUGACUCUGUGCGAAUUGCAUUUGUCCAAUAACUUUAUCUCCACCAUUCACAGCAUGGAUCUAUCCAAUAAGUUUAGAUCCCUUCGCUACUUGGAUAUAUCCUAUAACUACUUGCUGCGUAUUGAAGACGCCGUCUUUGCCACCAUGCCCAAGUUGGCUGUGUUGGAUCUGUCUCAUAAUCGGGAUCUUAAGGUGAUGGAUAAGUCGUUUAUGGGUCUAGAGAACUCACUGAUCAAGCUGGGAUUGGAGAAUGUUUCCUUGAGCACCGUGCCCGAGAUUCGUCUAAAGUUCCUGCGUGAGUUCCGUUUGGGCUACAAUGAACUGCCCUCGAUUCCCCAGGAGUUGGCCACCAAUAUGUCCAAUCUUCGCAUGCUGGACCUCUCCAACAACGAUUUGACUAAUGUGCCCUUGAUGACACAAUCUCUGCCACAUCUGAGGCGUCUGAUGCUGUCUGGAAACCCCAUCACCUCGCUGAACAACAACAGCUUUGAUGGCGUCAAUGAGGAUCUGGAGAUGCUGGAUAUAUCCAAUUUCCGGCUUCACUACUUUGAGUAUGGCUGCCUGGACUCAUUGCCUCAUCUGCGAUCCCUGAAGCUUACUGCUUAUUCUCACAUCGAGCACUUUAACAUUCCAUAUUUGCUGCGCCAUCACUAUAAUAUUCGCCAGCUGUGGAUUGAAGCACCGCAGCCCUUCACCAGGAUUAUCAAGAAGGGUUCUGGACCCACUCUGGAGAUGCAGACCCUCUGGCUGGGCAAUCCCACCGAUCUUCAGCGCGAAAUGGAGGGUCAUCUGCCCUCCAAACUGACCAACAUCACGUUCAGUGGUCCACAGUUUAGUAAUCUGCACGAACGUAUCCUGAGGGGCAUGCGUUCUCCCUAUCUGUACAUGCAAUUGUUCAACACCUCACUUCAAGCCCUCCCACCGAAUUUCUUCAAGUAUAUGGGCCGUGUUCGAAACAUUUCGCUGGAUAUUCGUUAUAACAAUCGCAACCUGAAGAAGAUUCCCAACCCAAAUACGGGAGCUGUGCCAUAUCUGCCCAACAGUGUGUUCCUCACCGAUCUGAAGAUGUCCCACACGGAUCUCAAUUGCGAUUGUGAUUUGGGUUGGGUUGAGUUCUGGCAGCGUAAGAGGCGCCAAUAUAUUUGCUCUUCGCAGACCUGGACCGAUACUGUCUUCCGCACUUUCAUGAACUCACCGUGCCAGGUGUACGGACGCCAUAACUGCGAUGAUCAUGAUGAUGAUCUAAGAGAGACACGCUGCGAAAACAAAGGAGGUCAACAGCUAAUGGAGGCCCUCAAAUUCGAUCUGGAGUGCGGCUGGGAUAAUGCCAAUUGCCGGGAGGCCGCCUUUGUGGUGGUCAUGGUGUGCGUGGCCAUGGUCUUCUGGAUGUGACUUCUGCACUUUGCAUAUAAGACGUCCACCGACUUUUAUAGCAUUCUAGAGCAGGUCUAUGGCAGGCAGGUUGUGUAAGUCCUGCCAUCAGAUGUCUAGAGUUUAAGCUUGAUGAUGAGACUUUGGCCACUUUUGACUCCUUUCGCAGUUAGUUGUUUCUCUUCCGUAUACCUUCUCUCACCACUCCGCUGUGUAGCGUCAAUCUUUAGGUCCUUGGUAACGCCUUAUAUGUAGUAAUCCUCACGAACUCACAAUCCACACUCACCACACACCUCACCUUUCUGUCUGACAUGUAUGUAUAUUUUUGUAGGCCUCGAUUUGAACCACAUAUAAUCUCCAGCUAUCUUAUAAACACGUCUUACUUAGCCCACGAAUAUUUUCUGUACUUCUUUUAUAAGUUAGGUCACUGCUUAAACGCUGCUUAAACAAUUCCAAAAUGAAAGUCUGUAAAAUGUUUCAUAAACAUAUAAUAAAUAUUUACGGUAGGUUAA